AUGGUUGCCAAUGCAGGACUAUCCCUGGGAGCUGAUACAGACGACGGUACACGAGACAAUGUGCAGCUCUGGUUUGGCCUACUCAAUGACAUGACUGAAAGCCACAAAAACGACAAGAAUGACAAGCAUGUUACGUUCGGACUCAAAGACUCGGUGACGCCGUUGAAGAAAGGAGACAAUUGUUACUGA